AUGGAUGAUGAUAUUUUAAAAGCUUGUGUAUAUGUUGAUGGAAGAUAUCAUAUUGCAUUUCAUGAUGGCUCAGGGCUUAUUCUUCAUCAAGGAGGUCAAUAUUCUACAUAUUUCUCAUCUGAAGGUGAAGUUACUAGACAAAUUACCUGAUGCGUUCCUGGAAUUUUAAAGCCAAAAUUCCUUAAAGCCAUUAAACUUUGCAACUCAUUUGCAUUUAGCCCAACUGCAAUACUAAGUGAUGAUAUUUAUUCUUCUUGAUUAGAAAUGUGCAAUAUUUUAGUUUAAUUUAUAUAAAUAAUUAAAAUAUUAUUGUGAGUAUUCAUUUUAGUGAAUAUAUAAAACAAUUAAAAAAGACAGCAAAAUAAGCAUAAUCCAUUGACUUAAUCCAGGAUGGAUUUCUGUAGUCGCAAAAGGAACUGAGACUGAGUUAUUUCAUUUUCAAAUCGAUCCAGAUAGAGAAGAUGUAUUAAUUAUUGAAAAAGCUGAGGAUGGAAGCUAUUUCAUGAAAAGUAGUGACAACGAGGCAGAAAUGAGUAUAAAUCCUAAUGGUUUAUUACUUAGAUUUACAUUUCCUUUAUUGCUGCAAAAUAAAAAGCCAGAAUGGUCUCAAAAUAAAAACCAAAGGUUUAAAUUGUCCUACGAAUAUGCUAUUAUCCAACAAAUUUUUAGCACAAAAAAUUAUCCACCUUAUCUAAGCGGUCCAUUAUCAAUAUUAUGAGCAGCUUUUAAAUGUGGCGACCAAGAAGUUAUAAGAGAGCCUUCAUGGUAUCAAACUACAGAACUUUCAUGGGAUCGCCGAGAAUUAGCUACUGCUUUGCCUACUCCUAUCCAAGGGGAAAUAUGGAAUAAUGAUACAAUUUCUCCUUCAGUGCAAUUAUUUACAUAUUAUGCAAGCAAAGUUAUGACUGUUUGGGAGCCAAAAGCGACUUAUUAUACAAUAUCAAACAACUCAACAGAAACUUUAAUACAUGAAGACCAAUCCUUUUUAAUUUCCAAUGGGGAAUUUUUCACUUAUUUUGCUGACUCAAUUAAAAAAUUCACCUCAGAGACUGUGCCUCCUUUAAUCCGUAACCGAUUUUCUUCAUAUUCCCCAAAUGAAAUCGUAAAAAUGUGCAUGGAAAUUCAAAACCUCCCUGUCUAUCAAAAACCUCAAGCUGAAGCUGAUAACGGAAUUUUUCUUGAUGGGAUAAAAGUAGAAAAUCAUAUAGAAGGAUUAGCUACAUUUACAGCCUAUAAUGAUAGGAGUAUUAGGGUUUUGUUUGAAGAUAGAACAGUGAUUAGAAUUCAUCCUGAUAUGAGGGUUACAGCAGUCAACAAGCUAGGAGAAGUAUCAAAAAUUAGCUUGGACUCUCCAUUUGGAUUUGAAGAAUACAUUCCUGUAUGUGUGGAAUUUUAUACCUGAGCCUUUACAAGCCAAGUAGAAAAAUUAAGGAUGGAAGAAGAAAGAGCAGAAAGGGAAGCAAUCGUCAAUGCAGAACUGCUGAGGACACAAAGGUUUUUGCAGCCAGUCCCAAAAAUGUAUGAAUCCAUGAAUGAGAUUCCUGAUGAUAAAAUAAAAGAAGCACUAGAAGCAACUCAGAGACAAAUAGCAGAAAUCCAUGCGCUUUUACAUAAAUAA